UAUAAGUAGCAUCUUUAUCACUACCACGUGCUUACCCUCCACGUAUGAUAUCACUAUGGGGAUGACUGUAAUGAAAUUUUGAGGCGUAGCAAGAACAUGGGGGGUUGUAGGGGAAGUCGUCAAAUUUAGCGAUCCGCCAAAAAGGGAGUGGGAGUCGAAGAAUAAACAGUGAAUGGAACAAUUGACUGAAUGAGCUGUGAACCGAACAAUAGCGCGAAACAAGAAAACACAAUAAAAAACAAAUUUAUAAAAGCGCAAAACUUUUACAACAGCGAAAUGCAAAAUCAAGUCAACGCCUUCACUUCCUCAAAUCUAUCCAUCUAUUGUUUCCAAUAACCAAACUCCUCCAACAACCAACAUUACAAAUCAACACAAACGACUCCUCGUCAGCAUAACCCCAAAGACACAGCAUCAACAUGGCGCUCCCCUUCAACCGCAUCCCUCCCCGCCGCCCGCCACUCCCCACACCCGCCUCUCCCCUAUCCCGCCGUAGCACGGCGCCAGAAAUCCAACUCUGGAUCCAGCGCUGGCAAUUCCACCGCGCCACCGCCGUGCCACUUACCACUCUCUCCCUCAUAACCUGGACCGGCUCCCACCUCCUCGAUCUCUCUGCCAAGAAACUCUCGUCCGACCUGGUCUCACGGGGUUUCCAUUCCGCUGAAGCGCAAGUCCUGGUGGCUGAUAUAUUGGAGGCGAUGGGUAGAGUCGGUGAUCUGAGUGACUGGAAUUUCUAUUGCUGGGUCGAGCCGGUUAGGACAUGGAUUGGACGGGUUAUGACCUUGGCGGGAGCUGCCGGGCUUAUGUGGUGGGGGACGAGGAUCUCGGAACUGCCUGAAGCACAGUGAGGGAAAGGAGAUGGUGGAUAGCGGACGAGAAGAUACAGAUGUCCUUGAUUAUCAUGUAGCUGGAGCUAUUGAACGCAUCCCCGGUCUGAUAUCAAGAUUUGAUUCUGUCCGGAAAUA